GUAAAAACCGGAAGACCGGAUAAUUACAAAACAGAUUUAGAGGCCCAGAAUAAGCCCAGCCCAGGGACAGGCCAACCCAUGGCCUCUCGGCCCACUCACCCCGGCCCAGGCGAGCUUUUGUUCCUGUAGAGUGUAGGGUUGCUGGGUAGAGGACUUCAAUCUUCAUUUCUAUUUUGCUGCCGCCUCCCUCUCCCUCGAGAGUAAACCCAAAUUCUGCCUUCCAUCGCGAUUCGCGGCAUCCCCAUCGGAGUCUCGGACCAUCGCGCCGUCGACGGAGUCUCGGACCAUCGCGACGGCGACGGCGACUGACCUCCUCUCGUUGUUGGUCGCCUCCCUCCUCUCUGCGACGUGACGUCGCGACCCAGCUACAAGCCUGAAGCCUCCACUCCGUCCCGUCGCGACCCAGGAAGCCUCUGCCCUCAACUCCGUCCCGUCGCGACCACCUCCGAUCAGCUCCACGACGCCGCACGACCAGCCAGCCAGCAUCCCGUCGGCCGUCGCCCUCCAUUCCAAAAGACGACCCAGAAAGCUCCAAAAGACGACCCUGCAUCUCGUCGCCGUCCGUUCGUCUACAAGCACAGCCGGCAACAGCUGCAAAAGUCAGAAAUAUGGAAGGGAGCAGCAGCUGGGGUAGUAAGAAGCGAGUUCCGCAUCAAGAGAAAGUGGAAAUUUGCCUCCUCUUCCUAGUAAGAAGCGACCACAACCACAAGCUUCAAAGGCAGCUAUUGAAAGUGGGAAUAAUAGUGGAAAUGUUAAUGUUCAAGCCGCUGCCACUCAAGAACAAGAACGGCCAGCAGCUACCAACACCACAACAACACCUGAAAUGGAGAAGACCAAUAGGGAGUAUGUGUUAAGGUCACCUGUAUGGCAGCAUUAUGAUUGUUACAAAGAUGCUAAAGGCAAGAAGAAGGCAAGGUGUCAUUACUGUGGAAAGUCACUGGUUGGGGAUCCCUCGGGAAAUGGUACAAGUUCUUUGGGUAGGCAUACUCAAAGGUGCUUAAAGAAACAAAAAGAAAAGGGGAAGCAGUUGAAUCUAGAACUCAAUCCAACUUCUGUUGAAGGGCAAGGAGUUUUGGGGACUUGGAAAUUUGAUCAAGAAUUUAUCAGAGCUGGGUUAGUUGAAAUGAUAAUUCUUGAUGAAAUGCCUUUUAGGAGUGUGGAGAAAGAAGGGUUUAAGCGCUUCAUGGCACGUGCUUGUCCGAUGUUUAAGAUUCCAAGCAGAAGAAGUAUUAGAGAAGAUUGUUUUAGAUUGUUUCUUGAACAGAAGGGCAAGUUGAGAGAUUACUUCAAGAUCAAGUGUGGAGGAAGGGUGUCCAUAACUACCGAUAGUUGGACUUCUUGUCAAAAUUUCAACUAUAUGUGCAUCACUGCACAUUUUGUUGGGAAGGAUUGGAAGUUGUACAAGAAGGUGAUAAGUUUUUGCAAGAUUACAAGUCAUAAGGGGAUUGAUCUAAAUGAUGCAAUAGCCGAUUGUUUGGAGCAUUGGGGUUUGAAAAAUAUUUUCACCGUCACAGUUGACAAUGCAAGUGCAAAUGACACGACACUUCUUCAUUUGAGAGAUCGACUUGAAGAAUGGGGUACUAAUAUAGUUGGUGGAAAGUACCUUCAUAUGCGGUGUAUUGCUCAUAUAGUGAAUUUGAUUGUGAGCGAUGGUUUAGAAGAGAUGGGCAUGUCAAUAAGGAGGGUGAGAGAGGCUGUGAGAUGGGUUAGAUCAUCACCAUCUAGAUUGGCAAAGUUCAAGGAGUGUGUGGAAUUUCACAACAUUGAAUCCAAGAAGAUGUUGAGUCUAGAUGUGCCUACAAGGUGGAAUUCCACCUACUACAUGCUUGAAGCUGCUGUGUUGUUUGAAGAUGCAUUCUCAAGUCUUGAGAGGAAGGAUAAGGAGUACAAGCCUGAGCUCAAGGCAAAGAGAUACAAGAAUCAAGAAAUUGGUGUCCCUCAACAUGAAGAUUGGAAGAAUGCAAAAGUUUUGAUGAAGUAUUUGAAAUUCUUUCAUGAUUUGACUUUGAUUGCAUCCACUACUUCUGUUGUGACUUCUCAUCGAUUCUUGAGAGAGUUUGGAAGGGUAUUCUAUCAUGUUGAGAAAAUGAUGAAUAGCAAAGAUGAUGACAUAGUUAGGAUGGGUAUGAAGAUGAAGGCUAAAGUUGACAAAUAUUGGUCGGAGAAGGAUUGUGUCAACUUCAGAUUGAACAUGUUGGUUUACAUGGCUGUGGUGUUUGAUCCGAGGCAUAAGAUGAAUUAUCCGGAACAUAUUUUCAAGAAGAUGUGUGGAGAUGAUAGGGCAAAAGUUUUGGUGAAAGAGUUGAAUGAUGAACUUGAGAAGUUGUUUGAAUAUUAUCAGAGUAAGAUGCCUCCCCCUGCUCCUUCUUCUCCUUCGAAACGUCGAGUACAAGUUGCCACUUCAAGUUCACCGAGGUCAGGUAGUGAUUCUGAUGAAUCUUAUGAUGAUUAUGAUCCUGAUGAUGAUUAUGGAAAACCUCAAGCUGGUCAUACUAAGAGUGAGUUGGAGAAGUAUCUUGUUCACCCUCGCGAAUAUGAUGAUGCCGAAGAAGAGUUUGAUGUGUUGAAGUGGUGGAAGACUAAUGCUAUGAGGUAUCCCAUCUUGAGUGAGAUGGCAAAGGAUCUGUUUGCUGUUCCUAUGUCAACUGUUCCUUCCGAGUCCGUUUUUAGCACAAGUGGGCGUGUUUUAGAUGAAUUUAGGAGCUCUUUGCAUCCUAAGAUUGUGGAAGCUCUCAUAUGCAGUCAAGAUUGGCUUAGAUCAAGUUCUAGUGAGUUUGUGGAGCAUCUUGAUGGUGAAGAUGAUGACUAUGAGGAUCAAGAAGACUUCGUGAAUGUUUACAAUGCUAUUAUGGUGGAUGAGGUGGAAAGGUGUGAGCAUGUGAAUGAACACGAAGGUACAAGUACGAGCAAUGUCGGAGGGAGUGAUGUGUUUGGCUCGAGGAGUGGAACAAAUCAAGGAGGUGGAUCUAAUGCUUCAUUUAUUUCUCUUGAACCUGAUGAGUAGAAAUGGUUUGGUGAAUUUGUUAGAUUGGAGUGAAUUGGGUGUUUGAUGUCUAAACUUUGUUUGUGAACUUGUGAUGCACUUUAUUUUUAUUUUGAAGUUUGAAUUGGACUUUGAGUUUGUAAUAGACAUCAAUGAUGGUUGUGAAUCUUGUGAUUUUGUAUUGGACCAUAUUUGGCUUGAUUUUUGCUACAAACAGG